AAAAAAUGGCAAAGUAUGUAAUGAAAAGCGUUGAAGAGGAGAUAACGAAUACCAAUCCUGAGGAAAUUUUAGUUAUAGGGGCCGGUUUACCUAGAACAGGCACGUUGUCGUUGAAGACUGCAUUGAUGAAGCUCUACAAGGGCAAGUGCUACAACAUGAAGGAGGUUUUCGAAGGGGAUCAGGAAGAUUUGGAUAUUUGGAUGAAUGGUAUUAAGAAGAAAAAUACUCCAGCUGACUGGAGGCAGUACUUUAAGAAAAAGGGUUAUGUAGCUGGUGUUGAUUACCCCUACUCCUUGUUCUGGAAGGAGAUUGCCGACGCCUAUCCAAACGCUAAGGUUGUGUUGUCGAGUAGAGAGCCAAGAACCUGGUAUAAAUCUGUUGUUGAAUCCAUCUGGUUGUUUAAUGAGCUAGCCAGGAAAUCAUGGACUUUCAGGAUCAUGCUCAAGAUGUUUGAUCCAAGGAAGGGAUCAGAGGAUUGGAUAGAGUUGAUGAUGACCCACAAGGGCUACGGGAUGAAGAGGGGUAUGGGAGAGGCUAUUGAAGGUGGAGAAGAAACAGCGGAGAAAUAUUUUCUAGAAUGGGAAGACAGUGUUAAAGCAACAAUUCCCUCUGAUAGGCUACUUGUACACAAGGCAGUGGAUGGAUGGGAACCUCUUUGCUUAUUUUUAGGAGUUGAUGUUCCUACAGUCCCCUAUCCUAGGGUUAAUGAUACAGCAGCAAUACAGCAGGAGGUGAAGAACCUGAAGAUGAUGAACUACUGCCUGUUCUACGGACUUCCAGGCCUUCUACUCCUUCUAGGCCUUCUAAUCUUCAAGAUAAUGGCCUGAUUUCUGAGUUCAAGACAGAUUUCUUGUUUACUGAAAAUGUGAUAAUCAUUUUAAGUGAAGAAAGAACUUAACUUUAUGAUUUUGAAGUAUGUUAAAAAGAAAACUAUUUUAAAAUUUAACGAAAUAAAUAAUUUGCAUUUUUU